GAGAAUACACCUCUGACCUUCAACAAUCGUGUCAGUCUUGCGGUGUCUAUUGUGACUGAUCAAUAUCCGGAUGCGAAAUUGUAUGAAGCUGAUGCUAAGGCUACAAGUGCAGGUCCUGACAAAAUUAACGAAAUGACUGUGAAAUUUCAGGAAAUCAGCCCCGGCAAAUUCGACAAACCAGUACUAGUUAAAGAGCCAUUGUUAGGUGAUGUAGUAAUCCAGUGGCCGAUGGAUUUGCUCCGUGCAAAUCAGCUUAAAGAAGCAGCUGGAUUCAAAGAGCCCUAUACAACCGUCACUUUACGCAAUCCUCUGGGACCACAUGUAUUAAAUCCGUUUUUUAUCUUUGACGACGGCUCGUCACAAUAUGUUUUUGUUGACAUUGUGACUGGUAAAGUAACUACUGGCAAUUGA